UUGUGCGCAAGCGCCAGCAUCGCCUGCUCGCUUGCUUGCGUUUCCAGAUUAAAAAACAACAUGAAACCGUAUAGCUAGCUUGCAUAUCUGGGUAACGUUCAUUCUAAACAAAGAUAUGUAGAUUAGUUUACGCUUUUUUACACCUCAACACAGAGUUUCUGGUGAGAAAGAAACGAUAAGGACAUUGAGGGCGAUAGCCAGCCGGGCUAUGCUAGCCCAGCUAGUUAGCUAAGUAACUAGUGCAGCUUUGCACUAACUACUAGUUCUGCGCUGGAUUGAUGAUAAUGCAUGUGUAGCUGGCUGCAGCCUGACUGAUUUAAGUCCACUGAUCUAUCUAUAAGUGACCGAAAGCCAAGUAACUGAGAGUCAGGAUGUCGGAUUCAGACAGCGAUGAAGACCAAGACCGUCCCUUCUCUCUCACUGGCUUCCUCUUCGGGAAUAUCAACGAAGAUGGGCAGUUGGAGGGUGACAGCGUGCUGGACACUGAGUGUAAGAAGCACCUGGCCGGCCUGGGCUCCCUCGGCCUGGGGACGCUCAUCACAGAGAUCACGGCCAGCGAAGACGACGACCCCGACGAGGACAGGGACACCGGGGGCACAGAUGCCGAGGGCUGGGUGAAGAGCACCGAAGACGCGGUGGAUUACUCCGACAUCAGCGAGGUGGCCGAGGACGAGACCAAGAAGUACCGUCACGCUAUGGGGACCCUCCAGCCCACCAGGAGGACAGAUGAUGAGGAUGACUACGAUGCCGACUGUGAAGACAUUGACGCCAAGCUGAUGCCCCCUCCUCCUCCGCCCAUCGUCCCCACCCAUGGCAAGAAAGAGGAAUCCGCCCCACAGACGACCAGUGUUGGGGACGAAGGAGAUGGAAUCAUCCUGCCCUCCAUCAUCGCCCCCUCCUCCCUGGGAGACAAGGUGGACUUCAGCAGCUCCUCAGACUCCGAGUCCGAGACGGACCGGCCCGGCCCGGGCUCCGGGGCCGGGGGCCCCCCGGGCUGCCUCACCCUGCCCCUGGCUGGCAUCAUGCAGAAGGACGCCGCCAAAGCUCUCCCUGGGGUCACGGAGCUCUUCCCGGUGUUCAGGCCCGGAAGGGUUCUGCGCUUCCUCCGUCUGUUUGGCCCCGGGAAGAACAUGCCGUCGGUGUGGAGGAGCGCCCGGAGGAAGCGGAGGAGGAAGCAUCGAGACCCCCAGCCGGGAACGCCGCCCCCAGAGGGGGAGCCCAUGGACCAGGGCUCAGAGCUGAAGUCUGGCUGGGAGUACGAAUACGCCUCCGCUCCACCCCCAGAGCAGUGUCUCUCGGAUGACGAGAUCACCAUGAUGGCCCCUGUCGAGUCCAAGUUCUCCCAGGCCUCGGGGGACGGCGACAAGGUGGCCGAGUCGCGUCCCAAGGUGGCAGAGUGGCGCUACGGCCCGGCCCAGCUCUGGUACGACAUGCUGGGGGUGCCCGAGGACGGCAGCGGCUUCCAGUACGGCUUCAGGCUGAAGGAGGAGAACGACGACGAGAAGGAGGAGGAGGAGCCUGAACCGGCGCCAGAACCUCCCGCGGAGAUGACGGGCGAGGAGAGCCAGGAGAAAGAGACUCUGGAGAACGAGCUCUUCCUCAUGGUCACCCAGCUUCAGUGGGAGGACGACAUCAUCUGGAACGGCGAGGACGUGAAACACAAAGGCACUAAGACCCAGCGAGCCAGCCUGGCCGGGUGGCUGCCCUCGAGCAUGACGCGCAACGCCAACGCCUACAACGCACAGCAGGGUCUUAGCAGAAGUAACUCCCAGCUGGUGCCUCCCACCCCUCCACCCAUGCCCAAACCCCCCUCGCUCUCCGGGUCCAAGCGGGACAAACACAACCAUGACCACCAAGGUACCGCGAGGCCGGGCCGCCCGUCGGCUGGCGAAGGAGCCUCAGUGCCCUUUUCGUACCACAGCACUGCACCCCCGUCCUCCGGGAAACCGAAAUGGAGGGACGCGGGUGUUUCGGGCCCUCUUGACCGGGCGAUACGCCCUCCCCUGUGCUCCUCCACAGCCUCCCAUGAGGAUGACGCCCCCUGGUUCUCCAUCUUCCCCAUCGACAACGAGGAGCUGGUGUACGGGCGCUGGGAGGACAACAUCAUCUGGGACGACCAGGCCAUGGACCGCUUGCUGUCCCCCCCGGUCCUCACCCUGGACCCCAACGACGAGAACAUCAUCUUAGAGAUCCCAGAUGAGAAGGAGGAGAGGACGUCCCACUCUCCGUCCAAGGAGAACAAGAAGGAGUCGGCCCUGAAGAAGAGUCGCAUCCUGCUGGGGAAGACCGGGGUGAUCAAAGACGAGCCCCAGCAGAACAUGUCCCAGCCGGAGGUGAAGGACCAGUGGAACCUGUCCAACGACGAGUUCUACUACCCCAAGCAGCAGGGCCUGAGGGGAACGUUUGGGGGCAACAUCAUUCAGCACUCCAUCCCGGCCGUGGAGCUCCGGCAGCCGUUCUUCCCCACCCACAUGGGCCCCAUGAAGCUCCGGCAGUUCCACCGGCCCUCCCUGAAGAAGUACUCCUUCGGCACCCUGUCCCAACCGGGCCCCCACGCCUCCCAGCCUCUGCUCAAACAGAUCAAGAAGAAGGCCAAGAUGCGAGAGCAGGAGCGGCAGGCGUCGGGCGGAGGGGACAUGUUCUUCAUGCGCACCGCCCAGGACCUGACGGGGAAAGACGGGGACCUGAUCCUAGCGGAGUACAGCGAGGAAUACCCCCCGCUCAUCAUGCAAGUCGGCAUGGCAACCAAGAUCAAGAACUACUACAAAAGAAAACCAGGGAAGGAUCCUGGAGCUCCUGACUGCAAGUACGGAGAGACGGUUUACUGCCACACCUCGCCCUUCCUAGGAUCCCUCCACCCUGGGCAGCUCCUACCGGCUUUCGAGAACAACCUGUUCCGCGCGCCCAUCUACCUCCACAAGAUGCCCGAGACGGACUUCCUGGUGCUGCGUACGCGGCAGGGCUACUUCGUCCGUGAGCUGGUGGACAUCUUCGUGGUCGGCCAGGAGUGUCCUCUCUACGAGGUCCCCGGGCCCAACUCCAAACGGGCCAACACCCACAUCCGAGACUUCCUACAGGUGUUCAUCUAUCGGUUGUUCUGGAAGAGCAAAGACCGGCCGCGGAGGAUUCGAAUGGAGGAUAUAAAGAAGGCCUUCCCCUCCCAUUCCGAGAGCAGCAUCCGCAAACGCCUCAAACUCUGCGCCGACUUUAAGCGGACAGACAGACGUGCAGAAAGAAAGAGGUCAGCCUCUUAUGACUGGUACGGCUUUCACUACGAAGGGAUGGACUCCAACUGGUGGGUGCUGAAGCCCGACUUCAGGCUGCCCACGGAGGAGGAGAUCAGGGCCAUGGUGUCCCCUGAGCAGUGCUGCGCCUACUACAGCAUGCUGGUGGCCGAGCAGAGACUCAAGGAUGCUGGCUACGGGGAAAAGUCUUUCUUUGCCCCCGAGGAGGAAAACGAAGAAGACUUCCAGAUGAAGAUUGACGACGAGGUCCGCACGGCGCCCUGGAACACGACGCGAGCCUUCAUCGCCGCCAUGAAGGGGAAGUGUCUGCUGGAGGUGACGGGCGUGGCCGACCCCACCGGCUGUGGGGAGGGCUUCUCCUACGUCAAAGUCCCAAACAAGCCCACUCAGCAGAAGGACGACCGAGAGCCGCAACCCGCCAAGAAGACGGUCACGGGCACCGACGCCGACCUGAGGCGGUUGUCGCUCAAGAACGCCAAGCAGCUGCUGCGCAAGUUCGGCGUCCCCGAGGAGGAGAUCAAGAAGCUCUCGCGGUGGGAGGUGAUCGACGUGGUGAGGACCAUGUCCACGGAGCAGGCGCGCUCCGGCGAGGGGCCCAUGAGCAAGUUCGCCCGGGGCUCCCGCUUCUCCGUGGCCGAACACCAGGAGCGCUACAAAGAGGAGUGCCAGCGCAUCUUCGACCUGCAGAACAAGGUGUUGGAGUCCACCGAGGUCCUGUCCACCGACACGGACAGCAGCUCGGCGGAGGACAGCGACUUUGAGGAGAUGGGGAAGAACAUCGAGAACAUGCUGCAGAACAAGAAGACCAGCUCGCAGCUGUCCCGCGAGAGGGAGGAGCAGGAGCGCAAGGAGCUGCAGAGGAUGCUGAUGGGCGAGGAGAGCGACCGCGACCACAAGGGGCGCAAGGAGCGCCGCAAGGGCUUCUCCAGCGCCUUGUCCACCAGCUCCCACAAAGACGACGACACGUCGUCGGUCACCAGCCUGAACUCGUCGGCCACGGGGCGCCGCCUCAAGAUCUACCGCACGUUCCGGGACGAGGACGGCAAGGAGUACGUCCGCUGCGAGACGGUGCGCAAGCCCUCCGUCAUCGACGCCUACACCCGCAUCCGCACCACCAAGGACGACGACUUCAUAAGGAAGUUUGCGCUGUUCGACGAGCAGCACCGGGAGGAGAUGAGGAAGGAGCGCCGGCGCAUCCAGGAGCAGCUCCGCCGGCUGAAGAGGAACCAGGAGAAGGACAAGUUCAAGGGCCCUCCGGAGAAGAAAGCCAAGAAGGUCAAAGAGAGGCCUGACCUCAAGGUAAAACUGAAGUGCGGAGCCUGCGGCGCCAUCGGACACAUGCGCACCAACAAGUUCUGCCCGCUGUACUACCAGACCAACGCGCCGCCCUCCAACCCCGUUGCCAUGACGGAGGAGCAGGAGGAGGAGCUGGAGAAGACGGUGAUCCACAACGACAACGAGGAGCUCAUCAAGGUGGAGGGCACCAAGAUCGUCCUGGGCAAGCAGCUCAUCGAGAGUGCCGACGAGGUACGCAGGAAGUCUCUGGUGCUGAAGUUCCCCAAACAGCAACUGCCUCCCAAGAAGAAGAGGCGUGUUGGAUCGGCCGUGCACUGUGACUACCUGAACAGGCCGCACAAGUCCAUCCACCGGAGACGCACCGACCCCAUGGUGACCCUGUCCUCGGUCCUGGAGAGCGUCAUCAACGACAUGAGGGAUCACCCAAAUACCUAUCCCUUCCACACCCCAGUCAACGCC